AUGAGGAAAGACUGCAGGAAGGGUCAAGUGACUCUGCAAUUCAACAAUGGCCAGAAUGGUGUUUGGGCGGCUUACCUGGAUGCACAAGAUCCCAAGUGGCACAUACUUGAGAUCAAAGUUGAUUUUGAUGGGAAGCAACCUCAACUUUGUCCCCCUCCUACUCAAGACAUCUUGUGGACUGAAGAUAAGGCAAGCAUGGAGAGUGAGACUGACCCUGCAUCAACAUCUCCCCCACCUCAACUGACCCCAUCAAUCCCUUCCCCAACUACACAGCAUUCCCCUGAAGCCAAUGUUAUCAUGAUGGACUCUGAUGACAAGACCCCUGCAAGAAAGAGUUUUGGGGAUGAAGAUUAUGACUUCAACUGUGCAACCCCAAGCUUGGGGGAGGAGGAAGAUGAAGAAGUGAUGAUUGAGGAGAUUGUUUUGGCCUUGAGGCAACAUGCAGCUUCUACCAGCACCACAGACAUUGGAUCUAGGAAUCCAAAGGGGAAGGGGAAAGAUCUGAAGGGGAAGGGGAAAGGAAAGGGAUCCAAGCAUUCUCCAUCUCUCUCCCCUGAGCUCAGAGGGACAUCAAAGAAGAUCAAGACUGGCACAGCAACCUGCUGGAAAGGCCCUGCAGCAAAGCCUUGGCCUCCUCUGUUGAAGAUCCACCCAAAGGUCUGA